CGAUGGUUCCGCUGUCUACCCGAAACCCUAUAGUUAACACGGCGGUAUGAUUCGUCUCGCUUUCUCUUCCUUCCUACCAUAACCACCUGCUUCGAUCUCCUUCGAAGAGAUGGGCUUGAUCGCAAGAGAGAAGGAUCUGCUUCCCCAUCCUCUCCGGUUCUUUUUCUAAAGCAAUGAGCAGGAGUAAGGGAUUUCAAGCUUUUUUUGGCUCACUAAUUCUUGGAAGAUAUACUCAGGCAGUGAACUGAAGUAUUGGCACGGUGCAGUGCAGUUGGUAUGCAGCAAUAUUUGAAACAAUGGCUGCCUUUCAUUAAAGAGUAGUUUGAGUAACUUAUAUCAUCCGAUUUUGAUAAUGAUGAUAGUUUGGGAAGCAAAGGCAGGGAUGGAAGUCGUACCUGUUUUCAUAACGGUUGAUCCUGAGAGAGAUAAUGUUGAACAAGUAUGUGAAUGUGUGAAAGAAUUUCACCCAGACUUAAUAGGCUUGACUGGUACAGCAGAUGAGAUUAGACCAGUUGCUCAUGCUUUUCGAGUCUAUUACAUGAAGAUGGAGCAGGAGGGUUCUGACUACCUUGUCGACCACUCUAUUGUUAUGUACAUAUUGCUGAUAGAACCUUCUCAGGAUCUCAAGGGGAUCAGUCGCCUUUGUUUAUAGAGGAGCUGUUCCCACGACGUGAAGACACUGGCAUGGACAGGGUCACAGGGUACAAUUGCCAACUGCAUGGAUAUUCAAAUUCUGCCUCUUGAUUUUAUUAAUCAUGAUUGGUAUUUAACUGCAAGUUAUGAUGGCUUUCAUUAUCAUGAACAGGUAUUGUUGGCUGAUUCAACUAUGAGCAUUUUGAAAGUAGUUUCUUCCAUGAUCAUUUCUGCCUCAACUUGAGUGGUAUUACUGAAUCUUCCAAAACAGGUUACAUGAUGACGGCAGGACCAUAAAAGAAGAGUUUGUGAAUGGUCCUACAUAUGUCAUAAAUUUUAUGGUCAUUUUGUCCAUUCAGUAUUAACAUGAUUCAUAGAGACAUUUAAUAUAAUCGCUUUUAGUGUGACCUUCUGUCUUGUAUUUUGCAAUUUCAAGACCCAGAUAUUUGAAUGCAUCUCUAGGUCUGCAUCUUUACAUGUAAAAUUCUGUUGGAUUUUGAUGCAUACAUGCUGAUUACUCUGCUUGAAGUUGUAUUGUUUACUGAAAUCACUUCUUGUAGUGGGCUGAAGCUUGUAAGCUGUCAUAGAUCUUUUAAACAUGUUCUGGCAAUUAGAUCCAUUGUACUGAUUUUUUUGUUCUGAACAGCUUGCAGGUGCUUGAUGAACCCAAACAUGGAGCUUGUCAAAAUUUUUGGCAAGAAUUAUGAUGCUGAUGCACUUGCAGAAGGUGUGGUCAAAGAGAUCAAAGCAUGCACAUGAUAGAUCCAAUGGCAUUCUUUUUCCACAUGCCAAGUGGGCAAUGUCGAUUUUGCUAUCCAAAACUCGAACUUAUUUGUGAAUUAAUCAUUAAUGCAUUCAUUCAUGUGUUAGGCAUCAUA